CUGUUUUCCAAGGCGCACCACUUGAGUGAGGGAGGAGGAAGGCGGAUGUAUAAAUCCGCUCUCCGCGAGUUUGUUAAGCACUAAAAAGCGAGAUCAGAGCCUACGACGCGAUCAUGCAGGUUUCUUCUGCUCAAUACUCUGAUCGCGCCGUGUUUGCGUGGUUGGUAGCAGGCUCACAGGUUCUGGGCGUGACGGCAGUAGUGCUGACUGGCGUAUGGAUGGGUCACUACCACGGUGGCUUUGCUUGGGACGGCACCCAACAGGAGUUCAACCUACAUCCUCUGUGCAUGGUUCUGGGCCUGGUCUUCUUACAAGGAGAUGCUAUUCUGGUCUAUAGAGUGUUCCAUAAUGAGCCGAAAAAGAAUGUAAAGAUGCUUCACGGUAUGAUUCACCUGCUCGCCCUUAUCAUCAGCAUUGUUGGUAUGGUAGCUGUGUUUGACUCCCACAGAGCAGCCAAUUAUGCAGACAUGUACUCCUUGCACAGUUGGUGUGGCUUGAUUACCAUUGUUCUAUUCUGUUUGCAGUGGGUCAUGGGUUUGUUGUUCUUCCUGUUUCCUGUCGCAUCGUCAUGGUUGCGAGCCACGUACCUCCCCAUCCAUGUGUUCUGUGGCCUGGUUCUGUUGGCUCUGUCUGUAGGAAGCAGUCUACUUGGUAUCACAGAGAAACUCUUCUUCAGCAUCAUGUCAUCCUAUUCGCGAUUUCCACCCGAGGGGGUUCUGGCCAACGUUUUGGGGGUCCUGCUUGUUUGUUUUGGGGUGCUGCUUUGCUACAUGAUCACUAAUGAACAGUACCGGCGGCCACGCAACCCUGAGGAAGAGUCUUUGGCGGUCCACUUCAAGACCCUGACUGAAGGUGGCUCACCCACCGAGCCCUAACUCAUCCACGCAGUCUUGACUUGUUCUAUAUUCACUUAUUACUGCAUGUAGUCCACCACCAAAUGUGAUAUUGCUCGCAUUUGAUUGACACUAUCAGAGAAUUUCUUUGCACUUGUGUGACUAUGUGUUGCUUAGUCUGUUUUCGUGCAACUUCCUGCCACCCGUUUCAAAUAAAACAAUCAAUUGUUGAUAUUUUUGAAGAUGGACAAUCCUAAUGAAGCCAACAUAGUUAGCCAUACAUUUAUGGAUUCAUCUCAAUUGCUCAUUCCCAGUAUCUUAUUGAGGAAGAUGUUUGUAGCAAUGUAAGCUUGCAAUGCAUCAUACUGUAAGCUUUUUCUAAAAUCUUGUGAUGACCAAAAUUUUGGACAUCUUUACAUGCACAGGUGCUCUCUGACAGUGUCAUUUAAAAAUAUAAUUAUUGGAAAGAGCAGUGGUAAUGAUUUGACAGGUUCAAACUAGGCAAAGCAAUUUCUGUUUACAGUAUAUUAUUAUUAUAUAAAUUAUUAUUGUGAAUACUUAAAGCAACACUAGGUAACUUUUCAACCUAUAUAAAAUAUUUUCAUAACAUUUAUGAUGACAUAUCCAGAGGUGGGUAGUACCGCGUUACAUUUACUUGAGUAACUUUUUGACAAAAAUGUGCUUCUCAGAGUAGUUUUACAACACAAUACUUUUUACUUUUACUUGAUUAGAUUUGUGAAGAAGAAACGUUACUCUGACGCCGAUACUUUGGGCUACACCAUAGUCGUUACAUUUUUCCUCUUUAUUUUACAUACUGACUUUAUUUUUGCCAGCGAUGCCGACAGAGGCUCUCUCAUUUUCACCAAUGAGACGUUGCAACAAGAACCACAUGCUCCACUAUCAAUUUCUUUUAUCCACUUGAGGGCUCUCAUGCGCUUUGGACGGGUGAUAUAUAUAUAUAUAUAUAUAUAUAUUUUUUAAUGUAUAUAUUUUUUUCCCACAAGAAAAUUAUACUGUAAUUUCAGGCAAAUUUUGAUCAUUCGACAGUACAUAAAUGGGGGAAAAAAAUCAAAACAAUUCCAAAUUGGUUCAAAAUACUGUAUUAGCAUGGUAAUGUGGUCCCAAACACCUAAUGGCUGAUAUUGUCACCUCACUAAGUCACAAUUAAGAUAAAAUGGUUACUGCGCUGUAACACCCCCCCCCCCCCCCCCCCCCCCCCCAGCCGCCCUCCCUCCCCGGGCCGGCUGGGUGGGGUCCGCGGCCCUGGGUUGGGCGUCUCCGCUCGUCUGUGUGGCUUUCGCGUAGAGGUGUGCAAAAUUUCCGAUUCUUAGAUUAUUCGCAAUUCGGCCGUGGAAGAUUCGAGAACGAUUCACAAACAUCCAAAUUCCGAUUAUUGAAAUAUGCCAAGUAAAGCAAAAGUCCAACACACUCAGCGCGCCGCGCGGUCUUCGGCACAAUGAAGAACGGAGCAAGAGUAGCUAAACAUCAUGCUUCUCAUUACCCGGCCCCUCGGGUAAUGCCAAUGCUUAACUCACGGCUCUAGCUCAACUCAUGCUACGAGAUAAAAAACACAACAACAUACCUGACUGCUGCCGAAAAGCUGCUACAAAGUACAUCCACAUAAUGUUACGGUAGAUAUCAUUUAUAUAGGACUAGAUGCAUUUUAGAUUCGAUAGCGUUAGCAGCACAUCUACAAAAAGCUAGAUGCAGGCGUUCGUAAACGGCCGCCAUCUGAAAGCAAUACACUUCCCUGCAAGGCUGUUGUAGCGAACCUUCCGAGCGAACCUAAUUAACUUUUUAUCUAAAAUACUCCCAAAUCGGUAAAAUAUUGACUUGAAUCUAUCUUUAAAAUAGUUUUUAAACUUUCACAUGUCGAAAGUAGACAAAAGGGAAAUUAUGGAAUAACGGGAGCAAUUUUAACAACUUUAACGGUUGAUUCACAACAUUAAAUUAAUUGAAUGUAGUUUAAAGCUGCUGAUACAGAAUGGGGACUGGAGUUUUUUUAUUUACUGUUAUUUUUGUAUAUUUGUUUACUGCUAUAUGUUAACUUGAUACUGAAAUAGUAGUUUGGUUUAGCCUGAGAGUAUUUUUGAACAAUUUUGGAACUAAUUUACAAAACAUUAAAAAAAAAAAAAAAAAGAAAAAGAAGGGGGGUGCAUCAAUAAUCGUUUUAUAAUCGAAUCGGAGCCUCUGAAUCGUAAUCGAAUCGUUAGGUGCCCAAAGAUUCCCACCUCUACUUUCGCGUGCUUGGUGGGGCUCGCGUGCGACUGGAUUUGAUAGGGUACGCACGAGUGGGGGGUCCCAGUGCCGGGAUUGGUGAUGGGGCGGCGUAGGGUCGGUAGCCAACGGGCUUACACUCACAAGGGAUUCACAAGGUUACUGGGUUCUAGAUCACAGAGCUAAUUUGUGUACACUCUACUCCUUUCAAUCACUUAGUUUAUAGACUCCCCCUACCCCCGUCCUCCUCUUUCCCCGGUCAACAGGCCCCCCACAUGGUGUCAACCAGAAAUACAUCUAGCUGACGAUACCACCAACAUAUUAGUAGUUAAUGUAGACGUUCAAUGUAUUUCUUGUUGUUUUUCUUUUCUUUCUUCUCUUGUGUUUCUUUUCUUCUGUUCCCCCAUAACCCCUUCCUGUUCGCUGCUUUGUCAUAAUAAACGAGGUAUGUUGAAUGAUCACAAUGGGAGUAUGUCAUACUCUCAAUUUGAAACAUUAAAACUGUUCAGACCAACCGGGCACUUAGACUUCCAUUCUCCGUGUCAAACAGCUGAACAAGACAGGUUAAAAAAAAAAAAAAAAACGGUUACGAAGAUUUUUGUGUCAUCUUUUUGGCCUAAUAUGGUCAUGUAAUAGGUUAUGGUACGGUAUAAUAGUAACAGUUCAUAUGGAUGACGUUGUGCCGAGAAAAGAAAUAUACCAUUAUUUAACAAAAAUUGAUAUUCUAAGCAGUUACUCACAAUGUUAUUUAUUACUUGAGUAUUUUUUUCAACGAACACUUUUUUACUUGUACUGUACUUGAGUAAAUUUUUGGAUGACUACUUUUACUUUUGUAAUAUUAUCUGGAAGUAAAGCUACUCUUAUUUGAGUAUAAUUUUUGGCUACGCUACCCACCUCUGGAUUGGUUGACUGACAACUAGUUUAAUGACACUUCUAUAUCUUGAGGGGUUCUGUAUCACUUUAACCGGCACUAAUUAACUUUGAGGAGGGUGGCAGGAACCCUCUCACAAAAAAAACCCCAACACAAAUGUGCUAACUGCUUUACGGCAUACGUCACUUUCCUCUUCCCCCAUACAUUAUUAAGACGGAUGUCGAUGCGAAUGCUUUCGGGUGAAAUUUGCAAAGGUGGCAGAGCAACAAAAGAGACAAAAAGUUUUGUCUGGGGAGGAAAAAUUGACACUCAAGAAUAAACAUUGGCCCUAAUUUCACUCGCUGGCGUGACGCACGCUGACAACAUCGGGUGGGGAGGAGGUUAGCCACAUGGUUGCUAAUUAGGGUUGUUCCGAUCAUGUUUUUUUGCUCUCGAGCCGAUCCCGAUCGUUUUAGUUUGAAUAUCUGCCGAUCCCGAUAUUUUCUGAUCCGAUUGCUUUUUUUUUUUUUUUGCUCCCGAUUCAAUUCCAAUAAUUU